AUGAACGUCGUCUGUGGAAACUCUGCUGUAUCAGCGCUAUCGGCUACGUAUGCUGUGCUUGUGGCAGCUGAUGCGGUUACGUCGUUAAUGACGGCUGCGGAAUUAGCGGCUCCAGGUGUUGUAGCGUUCGACGACGACGAUGACGAUGAGAGACCUGAUGCUGCCGCAGCGGCAAACGACUGUAUACCGGAUGGGUUGUUCGAACCUGUAAUUUGGAGUAGUGAUUGCAAGAAGUUAAUUAAGCGAUCAAAAAAUUACUCUCGGCUUAUGAAUUGUAAGCUAUGUAAUAUCCUUAAAGAAGCCUUUAUCUGA